AUGGAUAAGAGUGGACAAAGUGGGGUGAUUACUCUGAGAGGGUAUGCUAAGUUUAGGAUACUUAAUGAAAUGAUAGAGGCGGUGAAAAAGAAUGCAGUGUUUUCGAAAGAUUAUUUGGUAAUGGUGCUGGAUGAGCUUACUACGAAGAUAUUCAGGCAAACUUGUUCGAUACAUGACCUCUUUUUGUAUAAAGUAUAUCAGAUUGAGAAGUUAAGUCUUAAGAGGAAGAGAUAUCAAGAGACCGAUGCGAUAUACUUCAUCUCGCCUUCAAAAGAGAGCAUUGACAAACUUAUUGAAGAUUUCUCAAAUCCUGCCAGGAUUCAAUAUGGAGCAGUACAUUUGUGAUUUGCAGGUCAUGUUUCAGAGGAACAAAUCCAGAUGAUCCUUGAUUGUAAAGCCUUAAUGUCAAGAUUAAAGACAAGCAAGGAGAUUAAUAUGCAAUUCUACCUGUUUGAAGAUAACAUUUUUACUCUUAACAAGCCAGAGGCUUUUUAUCUGUUCAACAGUGAGUUAAAUGACAUCAGGACUACAAGUUUGCUUGAGGUUAUUGGGUAUCAAUUAUUUACAGUUUGUUCUAUCUUGCUGGAGAAGCCAUAUAUUCAAUACCAAUCCGACUCAAAAUUCGCUAAAACACUUGCAGAAUUUGUGAAAUCUAACAGUGAUGAAUUUUAUGAAAGAUUGAAGGAGAGUGAGAGAGGAGACAAGUCUAGGAACCCAAGGGCUAAGCUCAUCAUUGUUGACAGAUCUUUCGAUCUCAUUGCUCCCAUCCAGCAUGAUUUCUCAUAUCAGACAUUAGUCUAUGAUACAAAUGAGAGUGAAGGCGAGAAAAAGGUACUCGAUGUCACAAGUGACGUUGACGAAGAUAUCAGCAUGAAAGUGGAGCUAGAUGAGACUGACGAAAUCUGGAUGAAGUUCAAAGCUAAGCAUCUAGCUGAGACACUUACUUCGCUCUCGUCAGAGAUCAGCAAUUUUGUGGAUAAUGAUAAGACUGAACAAAUUAAGAAUGGGGAGAAUUUUGAUAUGCAAGAAGCUUUGGAAGCAGCUACAACUUACAAAGAGUUAGUGAAGAAAUAUCUCCUUCAUCUCCAGCUUAGUCAAGAGGUAAUGAGCAAUUUUACAGCUUGCAAGUGGAAAGACCUUAUCUCAAUCGAACAGAAAAUCAUCACAGGUGUUGAUGAGCUAGGCAGAGAAGUUACAAAUAUUGAUAUUAUUAGAGGGAUUACGAAGAUCAGUAAAGAUCUUACCAGAGAAGACCAUACUAGAUUGCUCAUCCAAUACCUCACUUGUUAUGAACUAUCAGAGAAAGAUAGAUACAACAUGAUCACAUCUAUUCAGAAUGAUGCUUUUGAAGCCAUCUUGGAGAACCUUCCCUACUUUUUCCCAGAAUUUGAGGAAGGGAAGAAGCUUCAGAGAAGAGCUGAGAAGAUAUCAGAAAGCGAAUUCAGUACUUACAAGAAGAAGCUUGAUGAAAGUGACUAUGACAUCCUAAGAUCGACUACUAAGUUAAGCAAGAUUGCCAUAAGUUCCUUUAAUGACGAGCUUAGUGAAGUAGAAUUUCCAUUCCUAGGCGAUGCCCCUGCCAUUACUAAUAAUGCAAAGCGUAGAGGCAGACAAAGAAGGGAUAACAAUGAUAUUUCAAACAUUCUUUCAAACCCAAGGAUCAUUCUUUUUGUUCUAGGCGGUCUUUCCCAUCAUGAAAUCGUAAGUCUCCAAAAAAUCCAGGAAGAAGGAGCUGUUCAGUGCCAAAUUAUUGCUGGUUCUUCUUAUAUUAACAGGCCAAGCGAAUUCUUAAAUAUGAUGAAGGAUAUCCAAAAGUACAACCUCAAGAACAACCCUUUCUCUAGAAGGGAAGAACCUCCAAGAGGCAGAUUUGAGGAGAGAAAACAAUAG